AUGGCCCAAGACCCUCGUGCUCUGCUCCAAAAGGCCGAGAAGACGCUGCAAGGAGCUGGCAGCGGCUUCAGCUUUUUCGGCGGCCGCGAGGACAAAUACCAGAAUGCCGCCGACUUAUUUGUCCAGGCGGCCAACGCCUUCAAGAUGCAAAAGCAGGAUCUUGAUGCCGGAAAGGCUUUUGAAAAGGCUGCCGAAGUCUUCACCAAGAACCUCAACGAACCCGACGACGCCGCCAACAGCUUGAUCGACGCCUUCAAGGCCUACCGCAAGACCGACCCCCAGUCUGCUGUCCGAUGCGUGAAGGUGGCGAUCCAGCGCUAUUGCGCCAAGGGCAACUUCAGAAGAGCCGCCAGCCAGCAGGAGGCUCUUGCUGAAGUUUAUGAGCAGGAGCUCAACGACCCCAAGAGCGCGCUGGAAGCCUGCGAGUCUGCUGCCUCGUGGUAUGAGGGAGACAAUGCCACAGCCCUCGCGAACAAGCUGUGGAUCAAGGUUGCCGACAUGGCCGCUCUGGAGGGAGACUACUACAAGGCCAUUGAGAACUACGAAAAGGUUGCCGCGGUGUCGAUUAACAACAACCUGAUGAAGUACAGUGUCAAGGAGUACUUCCUCAAGUCUGGUAUCUGCCACCUCGCCAGCGGUGACAUGGUCGCCACCAACCGCGCUCUCGAAAAGUACCGCGAGAUGGAUCCUUCCUUUGCUACGCAGCGCGAGCACCUUCUGCUCGUCGACCUUAGCGAGGCGGUCGAGGCCAAGAGCCAAGAACAGUUUGCCGACAAGCUUUAUCAGUACGAUCAGAUGAGCAAGCUGGACAAGUGGAAGCUAAGCAUGCUGGUGAAGGUCAAGGAUGGUAUCCAGGAAGCCGAUGACGAGUUUGCUUAA